AUGGCAUUCGUUGACUGGUCCAUGGAUUUAGGUCUCAGGAUGAGCAAACGCGGUACUUUAAAACUCCUUCAAUAUUGUCUGAACCACCGUUUUCAAUCCCAGACUGCAGUGGCCAGCCUUGAGGUUUAAAUCUUUUUAUCAACUAUGGCAGAGGAGUGAUUUCAGAGAAACUGACCCUCAGAGGUACUGGAGCAUCGACCGCAGCUCCCAGGAUCCUGUCAGUAUUCACCCCCACAUAGUGAGGAACACACUGCCAAUGAAGACACACCAGCUUGGCCAGACAUGAACCGCCUAGACUGAGACGUGACUUUGGCUUUAGGCGCCUUGAAGAGGCGGCUCAUCUCAGCGGCUUGUGCUCAGGAAUCUGUUUUCUUGGUCAUAAUUCAUACUUGAUGAUCAGAUAAGAAGACGGACCUGGUUAUAAAGAACGUCUGCAGCCGAGACUCAUCCCGCUGAAUCUCAUUUCAACCGUUUCAGACUGUGAGCCACUAGUUCACAGACUUUAUAGGCUGAAGAUGCCGACAGGACCUGAAUCUGAAAAGAGCACCAGACAACCUCUACAGGCAACUUCCUGUGCUGCUGAAGGACAAACAGGAUGAGAGACACCGAGCAUCCUGGUCCACCCUGAGCGUGAAAUGAACACAGCUGCUGAGUAACAACAGAAACUCCUGCAGCAAUCCCCUGAAAAAGCCUUUGGGGCGAGGUGGGAAACAGAGGCGGACUGGACAGCCUUCAUCUUUCAGCAGGUCCGCCAGGCGAAGCCACUUCUUGAAUUGGAGAAUCGGCCGUUCUGACAUCCCAGAGCGAUCGGACCUCCUGAUGGUUGAAAUACGCUCUCUGUUCUGCUGUGGUUCCUCUAAAGCACUAAAUCUAGAAUCAACCAUCAGCUCUGCAGUGAACUGUCAACUACAAGUAAAUUAAGGAGUCUCAGCACAGAGCCCUGAGGAACUUCAUCCACAGAAACAAAGCAACACACCUUAAAUGUGACACCCUAAGCGAAGCUCUUCUCUCUUUAAAGCUUGUCACUCAUCAGACCAGAAGCUGCAGAAACAGGAGAUGAUCCAUGCCUCGGCCGCUGUGAAGCCCUUUAAUGGCCUGGCAUGGCAGGCAUGAAAGCAAUAACUCAUGUCAGUUGGUGCUCAACAUGACCGUAACGGGGCCCCGCUUAUUAUUUACAACUUAACGAAACAUUUCUACCUUCAACCAAAUAUCUCUGAUUAAACCCCCUGAACCGAAGCUCAAACUGGAAACAUCACAUUUUUAUUUUCCUUCACUGAUGAACAGCUUCUGUCUGAGAAGCUGAAAGGUCAGCACCUAACGAGCCGGGCUCUGAAGGCGGGAGGCAGAUCAAGAUGGCGGCUCUGGGGUGACACUUCCUUGGCAGACGGGUGUCGUCAUGCCGUCGUCUCUUCGUUUUUGUCCUGCUCGAACUUUCUAUACUUACCCUCCCUCUGAGGUGUCACAUGACGAGUGAUUAUCGAGUUACAGGAGAUCCAAACAAACAGGAGCUGGAGGACGUUCAGAUCGAAGUCGGACAUCUUUUCAUUGGGAUGUUAGUUAUUCAGAACAGGAACACGUCCUGAGGGGGAAACACAUCAGAAGCAAAGCAGUGAAGCUGUUUCCCGUCACCUGUGAGUUCAUCAAGGGAGAGAAGCAGUUCUACUACCGAGCGCAGAAGUUCUACGAAGACGUUCCGGCCUCCGAGGAGGGCAUGAUGGGAGACUUCGUUGAGAUUUCCAACGUCGAUCUGGAAAGCUCCCGUCAGUUUCUGAAGAGGUUUGUGGGGCCGGGUAAAGCCGGGACACACCGCGCUCUGGACUGCGGCUCCGGGAUCGGACGCGUCUCCAAGGCCGUCCUUCUUCCCGUGUUUGAGAAGGUCGAGAUGGCCGACAUGAUGGAGCACUUCCUCCUCCACGCACACGAGGAGUAUCUGGGCGACGCCGCCGACCGCAUCGAGACCUACUACUGCUUCAACCUGCAGGAGUUCACGCCCCCCCGCAACAAGUACGACGUCAUCUGGAUGCAGUGGGUGGCGUGCCACCUGACGGACAAAGACCUGCUGAACUUCCUGAUUCGCUGCAAGAAGAGCCUCCGCCCCAACGGCGUCCUCAUCAUCAAGGACAACAUGGCGCGGCAGGGCUGCAAGCUGGACCCCAUCGACAGCAGCAUCAGCCGCCACCUGGACAUCAUGAAGGUCAUCGUGUCCAAGGCCGGCCUGGACAUCCUGGCCGUGGAGCGGCAGGAAGGCUUCCCAGAGGUCAUCAUGCCCGUCUGGAUGAUGGCCAUGAAGUGAACAGCCUCCUCUCAGAAACGUUUCAGUCCACACCAGAUGGGUUUUAAGGUUCUGGAAAAACAUGGUCCUGGUUCUGUUUCCAUGCUGGCCGGGUUUGUCUGAGAGGUGAAGGUGAAUCUGGACGUUCAUGCGACGGUCAGGGCCUGUAGCUGCAGUGAAGAGCUGCAUCAGAUGUAAAUAUUCUUGUUUUAUAUUUUUAUGGAUGAUGUUUCUCUUUAACUAAAGUUCUGCUGAAAAUUAAACUUUAUUCUCAUCCUCCAUCCUAUAACUGAGAAAAUAACUUUAUUAAAUACGGUCAAAUA